AAUAAAUAAAUCAGGAAGGGACCAUGGGUAGUUUUCGUAUUUUCUUCAACCCCCCAUUCUUCUGCUCUCCUAACGAUAAAGGCAGAAGCAACAGGGCAAGCAGCAGAGCACCCACCAUUAGAGUACCAGUAGCAGUAAAACUCGCCGGCGCUUCUCGUACACUAUUAUCUUAUUGCUGAUGGCUCAAUCGGAGCGAGAACGAGAGCAGUCUCAGAGACUGCUCGAUUCCGAUGGAGACGAUCAAAAGGAGGCCGCGUACGAUUCCAGCGAGAAGGUCGUGGUGGUCGGGAUUGGGGACUCCGACGACGAAUUCUCUGGGGCGCCGCCGUUCUCGUGGCGGAAGCUGUGGCUGUUUACGGGACCCGGGUUCUUGAUGAGCAUAGCGUUCCUGGAUCCGGGGAAUCUGGAGGGGGAUCUCCAGGCGGGAGCCAUCGCGGGGUACUCGCUGCUGUGGCUGCUGAUGUGGGCAACGGCGAUGGGGUUGCUGGUGCAGCUUCUGGCGGCGCGCCUCGGCGUCGCCACCGGCCGUCACCUGGCGGAGCUCUGCCGGGAGGAGUACCCCAGGUGGGCGACGCUGGUGUUGUGGGUCAUGGCGGAGUUGGCCUUGAUUGGGGCUGAUAUUCAGGAGGUUAUUGGUAGCGCCAUUGCUCUUAAGAUUCUCAGCCAUGGGGUCUUGCCUCUUUGGUCUGGUGUCAUUAUAACCGCCCUUGAUUGCUUUAUCUUUCUAUUUCUUGAAAAUUAUGGUGUGAGGAAGUUGGAAGCCGUCUUUGCCGUUCUCAUUGCAACAAUGGCAAUUUCAUUUGCAUGGAUGUUCGGAGAAACAAAGCCUAAUGGCAUAGAACUUCUCAUUGGUAUUUUGGUUCCAAAACUUAGCUCCAGAACAAUACAACAGGCUGUGGGAGUUGUGGGUUGCAUUAUUAUGCCUCACAAUGUGUUCUUGCAUUCUGCUCUUGUACAAUCUAGGAACAUCGAUCCCCGUAAGAAUGGCCGGGUUCAGGAAGCCCUCAAUUACUACUCCAUAGAGUCCACUGUUGCUCUUAUAAUAUCCUUCAUCAUCAAUCUAUUCGUCACAACAGUGUUUGCAAAGGGGUUCUAUGGUACCAAGCAAGCCAACAGUAUAGGCCUUGUAAAUGCAGGGCAGUAUCUCCAAGAGAAGUAUGGGGGAGGAUUUUUCCCAAUUCUGUACAUCUGGGGUAUUGGGUUAUUAGCAGCUGGUCAGAGUAGCACCAUAACUGGUACCUAUGCCGGGCAGUUUAUCAUGGGGGGGUUCCUAAACUUGCGGUUGAAGAAAUGGAUGAGGGCAUUGAUCACACGAAGCUUUGCAAUUGUCCCAACAAUGAUGGUAGCUCUCAUUUUUGAUACCUCGGAGGACACAUUAGAUGUUCUAAAUGAAUGGCUUAAUGUGCUUCAGUCGAUUCAGAUCCCCUUUGCACUUAUCCCCCUUCUUUGUUUGGUAUCAAAGGAGCAAGUCAUGGGUGUUUUUAAAAUUGGUCCUAUUCUAAAGAUGGUUGCAUGGCUGGUGGCUGCCUUGGUGAUGGUGAUCAAUGGUUAUCUUUUGCUGGAUUUUUUCUCUUCAGAAAUGAGAGGGCUGUUGUUUGGCUGUUUGGUAUCCGCUUUUACAGCUGGAUAUGUUGCAUUUAUCAUUUAUCUUAUUUCCCGGGGCAUUACAUUUUCUUCUUGGCGUGACAUGGUAAAAUCCAAGAGUUCACAAGUGGAAGUAAUUGAAUAGUAAUCUCCAAGGCCCAUUUCAAAUGCUGAAUACUAGAACCAUCUUGCACUUUUUACUGCCAAAUCACAAAAGGCUGCAGAAUGCCGACAAAUAUUUUUGUUGAGAAAGCAUAUCCUUUAAUAUGUAUGCAUACCUCUGGGGACUAGUUGUGUACAAAUUUGAAGUAUUGGAUUAUUGUUCUUCUCCUGGGCUCUAUGAAACAACUGGAUUGUUUCUAUACAUCAAGAAAACGUUUAAUGUUCUCUUGUAUAUGGAGGACAAAAAAAGGCAGGUUUGCAACAUAAGGAUGCGGCUUGUUUCCUGUGCGAUGAUCGUGGUUGUGCUUUGCUUUGUCGGAAUAUUUAUAAUCCUCAGUGAUUUUACUUGGCAACUGGAAAUCUAUGACUCAGUAAGGUUGUGAAAUUGACAAUAUUGAGCUAGCUAUAAAUGAUAUGAAGUAAAUUUGCAUCCUUA